AUGUCGCCUUCCAGCAACACCACAGCCUACGGGGACGACGCUCAAAUUUACAGCAUCAAUGCUGGCAGUCGAAGAUCAUCUCUGGCACCUGCGCCCAAGGUCGCCGGCACUGCAAGUGUCGCGGAAACUCCAAUGGUGCAUCAAGCCGACGAGACACUUCGCAGGCUGUCGGCCGCGGUCCCCAAUUUGGCUGAUCUGACGACCGAUGCCAAACACGGAGCCGAUGACGAAAAGUCCAUGGGGUUUCUGGAAGCCGUACGUCUGUACCCCAUGGGUGUGUUCUUUUCUUUUGGCCUCUCGCUCGCCGUCAUCAUGGAAGGAUACGACACCGCCCUCCUCGGGUCUUUCUGGACACUCCCGGCAUUCGCAAAGAAGUAUGGUCACCUUGCAAUGGUGGAUGGCGUCGAGAGCUAUGUCGUCUCCUCCUCUUGGCAACAAGCAUUCACCGGGACGACGGUCGCACAGAUGAUCGGGCUCAUACUCAACGGCUGGGUGUCUGAUCGCAUUGGGUACCGCUACACCAUGAUGGGGGCCUUGGUUGCGAUUACGCUCUUUUUGCUGGUCACCUUUUUCGCCACUGAUAUCAGGAUGUUGCUUGCAGGCUACUGCUUGACAGGGUUGCCCUGGGGCAUCUUCCAGACCAUCAGCGUGACGUAUGCUUCGGACGUGAUGCCGGUGGCUCUGCGUCCAUACCUGACAACCUACGUCAACCUAUGCUGGGUCAUCGGUCAGCUCAUCAGCGCGGGGACCCUUCGAGGCGUCUUGACCAUGAACAGCCAGUGGGCCUAUCGCAUUCCCUUCGCACUUCAAUGGAUCUGGCCCCUUCCGGUUUUCAUAGUCUGCUUCUUCGCCCCCGAAUCCCCGUGGUGGCUGGUGCGACAUGGCAAGAUCCCCGCCGCCCGUGCCGCGCUCAACAGACUGACUUCCAAGAGAAACACGUCUUUCAAUGUCGAAAACACACUGGCCAUGAUGAUACACACAAAUCAGCUGGAAAUCCAACAGUCGUCCGGCACAGCGUACACGGACUGCUUCAAGGGCACCGACCUACGACGCACCGAAGUCACCGUCAUGACCUGGCUCAUGCAGCAAACGUGCGGAUCCGCCAUGAUCGGUUGGGCAGUUUACUUCAUGACCCAAGUCGGCCUCUCCAAGAGUAGUGCCUACGACUUGGGGGUCGGAAAUUCUGCUCUGGCCUUUGCGGGAACCGUUUUGUCCUGGUUCUUGAUGCCUCACUUUGGCCGGCGCACCUUGUACCUCUGGGGCCAAGCCGUCAUGCUCGUUGGUCUCUUGGCCAUCGGAUUUCUUGGGAUUCCAAAGUUGUCGUCGCCAACAGGUUGGGCCAUCGGUGGCUUGAUGCUCUUCUUGACCUUCAUCUACGACUUGACCGUGGGGCCAGUCUGCUAUUCGCUCGUUGCCGAAAUGCCCUCGACCCGACUCAAGAUCAAGACCGUGGUGAUUUCUCGGACCGUCUACAACGUGGCUGGCAUAUUGAUCGGUCUGCUGCAGCCAAAGUUCAUGAAUCCAACCGCAUGGAACUGGGGUGCGAAAACAUCCCUGUUCUGGGCCGGGAUCAAUUUGCUGGGUUUGGUCUGGACUUAUUUCCGCCUUCCAGAACCGAAAGGCCUGACCUACGCCGAGCUUGACGUCCUCUUCGAAAACCGCGUCAGUGCCCGGAAAUUCACCAAGGUUCAUGUAGAUCCAUUCCAAUCCGACAACUUGGUGGUUGUGUCACAGGCAGUGACGGGAAAGCCUGAUUCCCACACUGUCGAGAGAGAAUACGGAGCCCCAAAUUAA